GAGUUACAGGUUGCAAUGUUAGCUUGACUGGUUAUAUCCCGGCGAAAGAAGGUUGUUUGUCUGACAUAUGUGCGGUAAAAUGUCCGUGAAUAAUGUAUCCGACUCCCUACUCGAAAAUCAUCGGAAGGGUAAAGCCUCUACAUGUUUGUUUUGGACCUCUAUGAUUCCUAGUCGAGCUUUGCAGUACAUAAUGUCAUUAGCCGACAUUAGCAAAGAUAAUGGACUGCUGGGCACCGUGGAGCUAAAGCAGCUAACAGCAGAGACUUAACCAUCGUCUGUGGACACCUCUAAGCCUUAUUGUUCAGCUGAAGACCGAGAGACUGGGGACACUUGCAGAGUGGACACAGAACUUCUGAUCGAGAUAUCAGACUCUCUCCUCUGUAGCAUUACUUCAGCUCUGUUAUGGUUUAGAUUUUCUAUUAAUACAAUUUUUGAUCAGAUGCUGAUUUGUGCCUGAUUCCAAAUUCAGGAAGCAGAAAAACAAAAGAUAAAGAUUAUAUGGUUGAUCUACUAGAACAUGUGAAGGUUGCAAGCAUCGUAAAAAGGAGAAUCCCAGGUACUUCGAGGAUGUCUGAGAUGAAGGUUGAAGCAGAAGACCCUGGGGGGCUCAGUUUGGAUCCCCCCAUACCUGCAGCACCGACAUCAGAACUGGAGCAGAAACAAGACAGCAAAGAUCUCAUGUUCCCAGUUCUUCAGAUGUUGGUGAUUGAAGGGGUUCCCCAUGGUUGGAGCUCCAGUUUGGACCAGCAGCACCCCGAGCCUCCCCAUAUAAAGGAGGAAGAGGAGGAACUGUGGAUCAAUCAGGAGGAAGAGCGGCUUACUGUGAAGAUUGAAGAUGAAAAAAAGCCUCAGCUAUCAGAGCUUCAUCACAUAAAAACUGAAGAUGACAGAGAGACUGAAGCUUCCACCACCUGUUUAUUUGAACAGAUGGAAACAGAACCUGAUGGAGAGGACUGUGGAGGACCAGAACCAGACAGGAACCCAGAUCCAGCAUGUUCUUCUCAAGAAACUUUUGCACUCCAUCAGAUGUUAGUGAUUAAAGAGGUCUCCCAUGACUGGAGCUCCAGUUUGGAUCAGCAGCACCCUGAGCCCCCCCAUAUAAAGGAGGAAGACGAGGAACUGUGGAUCAAUCAGGAGGAAGAGCAGCUUACUGUGAAGAUUGAUGAUGAAGAGAAACCUCAGCGAUCAGAGCUUCAUUACAUCAAAACCGAAGACAACAGAGUGACAGAAACUUUAACCACCUAUUCAUUUGAACAGAUGGAAACAGAACCUGAUGGAGAGGACGAUGGAGGACCAGAACCAGACAGGAAUCCAGAUCCAGAAUGCUCUUCUCAAAAAAGUAAGAUGACGGUUUACAGUAGAGGUAAAGGAGCUGCAAAGUACCCUCUUCAGACACAUAUGCGACUCCACACUGGAGAGAAACCAUUCACAUGUGAUUAUUGUGGUAAAGGCUUUCAUGCAAAGAACUUUCUUAAGACUCACGAGAAGAUCCAUUCAGGAGAAAAACCUUUUUCUUGUGAUGUUUGUGGUAGGAGAUUCCAUAGAAAGGAUGGCAUUAAACAGCACAUGAGGAUCCACACUGCAGAAAAACCAUUUGUUUGCAGUGUUUGCAACAGAGGAUUUUCCCAGGAAAUUGUCCUAAAGAGACACAUGCAUGUUCACACAGGACAUAAACAGUUCACUUGUAGUUUUUGCAGUAAAGGUUUUUCCCAACAAAAUAUACUACAGAGUCACCUGCGUGUUCACACAGGAGAGAAACCAUUUAUCUGUACUGUUUGCAGCAAAGGAUUUUCCCUAGAAAAUGUAUUAAAAAGACACAUGCGCAUUCACACUGGUGAGAAACCGUUUAUUUGUAGUGUUUGUAGUCAAGGAUUUUCACGACAAGAGAAUCUGAAGAGUCACAUGCGUGUUCACACUGGAGACCGACCAUUUGUUUGUAGUGUUUGUUGUAAAGGAUUUUCAAGACAAGGAUAUCUGAAAAAACACAUGGAUGUUCACACCGCACCGUUUAGCUGUAGCGACUGUGGUAAACAUUUUGUGAAGGAAGACCAGCUUCAGCGACAUGUAAGAGUCCACACGGAGGAGAGGCCAUUUGGUUGUGAUGUUUGUAAAACCAGAUUUAUUCAGAAGUGUCAUCUUGACAACCAUAUGAGAGUCCAUUCAGGGGAGAAACCAUUUGUUUGUAGUGUUUGCAGUAAAGCAUUUUCACAACAGGAUCGUCUAAAGAGACACAUGCGUGUUCACACAUGUGAAAAACCGUUUGUGUGUAAUGUUUGCAGUAAAGCAUUUUCACAACAAGGGAAUCUGAAGACACACAUGAGUGUUCAUGUGGGCUGCACGUAGUAAAGAAAACCUUGACAUGAAGUGGAUUAUCCUUCACUCCUUAUGGCAAAAAGACACAUCAUGCUGAAUUAUUUCUCUGAACAAACACACUUACAUAUAAAAUCUCUAAAUCUCUUAUAGAAAUGUCAAAAUAAAAGUUAAAUAUUUACAGGACUAAAUGCUUUAGUAUGAUGAGAAAACCCCAGAGCAGAGCACCAAUAAAUGUGGUCUAUUCAGAAACUCUACCAUCGUAACGGGGUGGGCAGUAUGGCACUAAAAUUAGAUCUUGAUAUUUCAAGGAAAAAUAAUCAAAACUUAAAUGGACCACUGAUGGGAUGAAAUGAUCGCUGGUGGUGUUGUGUCUCAUUUAAAGCUAGGGUUUUUUAUGCUAACCAUGACUUGUCUGGAUACUUUCUUUGAGUAUUUUAGUAAUUUGCUGGUGGAACAUAAGUUGUCUUAUACUAAUAAGCUAAUCCGUGGCAAUAGGGGGACAUUUACUGAGCUGUUUUCACUGUGGGGUUAGUGGGUAUAGAAGUGGCCUAAGUAAAAUAGGCCAGACAUCUUCAUAUUCCUUGUGGAGAAAAACCCAGUGCCUAUACAAAGGAAAAAUAUAAUUCAUACAUAUCUUUAGACACGGCUUUGUUCUGUAUGGUCAUCUCAAAGACAUAGAGUACCGAGAUUUGUCACUAGAAGUGUGGCCUUUAUAAACAACUAAACUGGUUCAUGUUGUAAAUCAGUGGUUGCUACUGUUUGCUGUUUUCAUAUAAACAUUCUGCAACUUAACUAAAGAUGAUAUAUAGGUUUGUGAAAUGUGUCAUGCUGGAUCUGUAGCACUGGUACAGCAUGCCCUCUAUGAACAUCAUCUACACUGUUUAUAUUAUUAGACCGAGUGAUGCUGUUUGCCUAAAUGCUAGGUCUGCUAACACACAGCUUUCCUGCCAUUAUUCUAUAGAUGUUAUAGUUGUAAAAAAGACACUGAUACAAAUUAGUAUCUACAUGACUGACUUGACCUCUGCUUGUUAUUAACUCCAGAAACCUGAAAGUUUACUUGAUUUGAAGUGAGCCUACUCAGUACAUUUAAUGGCCUGCAACCAUAAAUGCCUGCGGUUUGCCUCAAAGGAUUUCUUUGAUGAAGGUAUUCUGUAAAAGGGAAGGCCACUUUUCCUUUCAUUCCUGCCCUGGCAGACAGCUGCACAACUAGACAUUUUCUAGUUGUUCUGGGUACUGUUAUGGUUAUAUUUUGCUUAUUUCCGGUGAUUUGCUGCUACCUGUUGGUGGAAGAAUACAGACUGAUGUAACUGUGUCACCAACUCCUAAUUAGUCUAUUAAGGUUCUUAAAAUAAUUGGUGAAAAAAAGAAAAAAUGUAUAAUCGCUAAUGGUCGCAUUAGCAACAUUUAUUAAUUCAAAUAGUAUUUGUAUUUAACUUUGUACUGCAAAGACAGGCAUUCUUAAGUUCAUUACAUCCUCAGUGGAACCUUUUCCACCAAUCUGGUUCCAGUGCUUAAUCGAUGCUGAUGCUUAAGCACCUGUUCUUUCUGGUUCCACUGAGAUUAACCUUGUUUGGCGCCCUGAGAAACUGGAGCUAUCCCAGCCCCAGUUUGCUGCUGGGCCAGAACCAAGAAACCCUUUUCAUUUAGGAGCUAGAGGUGGGGUCUUGGGGAACAGCAGCCAUCAGAACUGUGAGUUUAAAACUCUAAAUGUCAGUUUUGUUAUUGAUUGAUCAUAAUUAUAACAAAAAAGAUAGCACAAACACAAAGCAUUGUUCAGAGGUAAUUUCCCAAUGAGACAGAAGGACAGGAAGAAAUUAUUAUUAUUAUUGUCACUUGCUCGCUGGGGUAAUGCUGCAAAAGACACGGGUGUUUGAGAGCAACUUAAAACGUUCGGUAAAGCUCUUGUAUCUGCAGUUAAGUAGUAAACCUCUCAAACGACAUAAGUUAAAUACAAUUCUAUUUAAACAUUAGACCUGCAAAAGCACUGCAACAUUUUCAAUAUCUAUUGAAAACACAUGUUUAUGGACUGGCUUUUAGGACACUGACCUAAAUAUUAUUGUUUUAAAAGAAGCCUUAGUUGUUGUUUUAGCUGCUUUCAUUGUUGAAUUGUAAUGUGUUUUAUUACUUUAUAUUUUUAUUGAAUCACUGUCAGGCGUGCAGCAUGAGUUGGAAGUGUGCUAUAUAAAUAAACUUGACCUUGACCUUCA